AAAUGCUUCAAAAAUUACUGGAAAAUGUGCCAACUAAACCUCAUUCCCCUCCGAGAAAUGACUCGAAGUAGGCAAACAUAGAUAGCACAUGUAAACAUAACCCCAACUGUCGAAGACGCGUCUGUAAACCCAAAUAGUUAUCAAAUUUAUAUUCAUUCAAAGCAUGUGUUAAGUUAUUGGGGAAGAUUGGGCUUUGAGGAAACUAACUGCAGUUGGCACAAUGGAUAUACCACAGCCCCCUGAAGACAUAGAUCUUCGAAACAUCAUAGACAAGCUGGCCCAGUUUGUCGCCAGAAAUGGGCUGGAAUUCGAGCAAAUGACCAAAAACAAGCAGAAGGGAAACCCCAAGUUCCAGUUUCUUUAUGGCGGCGAAUAUUUCAAGUAUUAUCAGUAUAAGGUUUCCACGGAACAAGCCAUAUUCAAACAGCAACAACAGCUUAUAUCAAUACCGCCCCCGACGCAGAUCGCUGUCACUGAACCGAACACUUGGACGGCGUCCCCCGUUCAUUUAACUGCUCAGCAAACCAUUGAAAUUGAUCAUAUAAUACAGCAGCAAGACACCCUGAGGGAGCAAAUCAAGCAAAGUGAGCAAAACCUGUCCGCUCAGCAUAAUGUGUUGAUGCAGCAACAGCAGGCCGCCAUUGAAGGAGCAGUGGCGAAAUGCGAAGCGGCUGAUCUUCAGAGGGAGGCCGACGACUGCGGCAUUGUUCUAACCGAGCUAAAUAGCAUUUUACAACCCAUUAUUGAAAGCUGUACAAAGGACAGCAUCAGCAAUGGAAAGUCCUGGUUUUUGCAGCAUGCAAGCACCAAACAAAAAUCCAGUUGCAUCGUUCAGUGUUUGUUGUACAGGGUGUUGCAAUCGAGUACAUUUCCUCAAAAAUUACACGUAAUCUAUCUGGUGAACGACCUCUUGCACCACAGUGCCAGGAAAAAUGCAUGCGAUCUAAAAGAUGCUCUUGAACUAGCGGUGGUUCCCAUGUUCUGCAACGCCAGCAUCGCUGCAACUGAAGAGCAAAAGUUGAAGUUGGACAAGUUGGUUAAACUAUGGGAAUCGAAAUCCAAUUACUUGAAGAGUGACACUUUGGAGAAGUUGCAUAAUCCCAUCAAAAGCUACCAGCAAUACCAGUCGGACCAGAUGGCGAAAUAUGCGACCGAAGUGGCCUCGAUAGCGGAUCAGACUAAGAUAACGUUUGAGGGCUACCAAUCGCAACAUCAAGCCUUUGUUUGCCACGCGAUGCAGCAAAUAAUGGAUUUGCAGCAGCAACGGCAGACUAUCGAGCAGCAAAAGCCACAUAUUCCGUUGGCUGAGCCUCCAGUUACCACCCAAGCCCAAAAUUCUGGAAUAAUCCCGCUGGAAACCAUUCAAGCUUCAUUGCAGCAGACCAUUCAGUCCCUGUCGCAGUCAAAUAUGUCGAAUCUGAACCAGCAGCCCCCACAGCAAACGUUUCCCAUCCAAGCUAUCGGCUCUCAGAAUAGCAUCAUGCCCGAAGAGAAUUUUUUGCAAGUGAACCUCAAUGUUCCGCCGCCAAAUAUGGCUGUUCUUCCCAAUAUACCUCCAACCAUCACCAGCAAUCCACUGCUUGAAAUCCAGCCGCCUCCGAAUGGAAUUGAUACUUCGGCGAUCUUUUCCCUGCCACCUCCAGGUUAUUUGCCGCCGGUUGGGAUGUUUCCGGACUUUUCCAAGCCGCCGCCAGGAUUUCCUCCUAAGCCGGAAGUUUUUCUGGAAGACCUCAUGCCAACCGCACCCUACUACGAACUUCCUGCCGGUCUAAUGGUGCCUCUAGUCAAGUUGGAAGACUCUGAAUAUAAACCGUUAGAUCCUAAAGAUAUUAGGUUGCCGCCUCCAGCCCCUCCAAGCGACCGCCUUUUAGCGGCAGUCGAUGCGUUUUAUUCGCUUCCAAGCCACGAACGACCCAGAGACAGUGAAGGCUGGGAAAAAUUAGGUUUAUACGAAUACUAUAAGGCGAAAAAUCACGCCAAAAGAGAAAAAGAUGAGGCGAUAAAGGCCGGAAUCAGACAAAAGUCGCGAAGCCCAUCGCCGAUAGUAGUGAAACCGGAGAAGGACGAGACGCCGCCCAAAAGGCGGUACCGCAGCAAAUCGCCCACGCCGCCGCCUUCAUCGCACCGAAGAAGUAGCAGGAAGAAAAGAUCGCGAUCAAGGUCCAGAUCGAAGUCCCGAAGCCGCUCGCGGAGCCCUAGAAAGCGCCGGGGCAGAGAGUUGAGGGAAAGCAGAGAGAUAAAGCGACGUAGGAGUGUGUCCAGGUCGAGAUCCAAAUCAAAGUCCCCACUGAGAAGGUCCAUGUCUCCAACCCCAGGGUUCGGCAACAUGCCCUACCUGCGAGCUGAGGCUCAAGAACUGGAUCCCUCCAAUAAAGGCCACGAAAUGCUGCGCAAAAUGGGAUGGGGCGGAAAAGGGCUGGGGGCGAACGAGCAAGGCAUCGACGCUCCGAUAUCCGGGGGUGAUGUGCGGGAUCGGCAGGAUCAGUUUAAAGGGGUAGGGUGCAACUUGAACGAUCCCUAUGAGAACUUUAGGAAAAACAAAGGUGCCGCCUUUAUCACCAGGAUGAAAGCCCGCGCGGAAGAACGCGAGAAAGAGAGUAAGAAUAAUUUUAAUUGCGUAUUUAUCAAAUCCAUUCUAAAGUCGGUUUUACGAUGGGCCUUCCAAUGAACAAGCUGGUUUGCUGAAGUUUUAUUAGCAGUCGUUUGUUUAAAUAUUGAUUCUGGCCUAACUCACAAUGUUAGCGGCAAUCAAAGGCUUAAUUGUAGGAAAAUUGAGCCGGAUGUUUGUUUUGGGUCGCAGCUUUUUUUAGUUUUCGCAAAAAAUACAAUUUAGCAACAGAAAUGUAUGCUAAACUACUGCGUAGAAGCUGCCUUUUACCAACGCCCGAAACCGUUUUAUCUAAGGUAUUUUAGGGAUAUCAGCACCUUCAAAGCGCUUCUAACAGCCGGUUUUUUAUUAAAAAAGUGCCAAUUUUUCCGUUCCAAAAAGUGACAAAAGGGGUUGAUGCUGAAGCGAAAACCCAUACAUUUUUACUUUAGUCUUGAACUUUGCGUUUUUUUAAGACAAAAAUGAAUUUUGCAUAUUUUUAUAGUUUGUCUAUUUUUCAAUGCUGAAUACAUUUAAUUCCCAACUGAUUCCUAUGACUAAAACGAUUUUUUAUUGUUUCUAGAAGAUAUACCCAGAAGAGCUGAAGUAUAGUGUCGUUUUUUGCAAGUUCCGCAAAGGUUCUUUUGUGCUAGAUAUAGUGUGUUGCACUGUAUGCACUGUUCUCUUUGUUGUCAUACAUUUUUCCAGAUUGAGAUACUCUGAUGGUGUAAUUUUUUCUAGGAUAUGUGGAUAUUGACCAAAAAACACGUUAAAAGUGGCGUACUUUUUUAAUGCAUCCUAAUGUUAUUUCCCAAUUUACUAAACUUCUUCUUCCAGAAUAAUUUUAGUUUUGAAUGUGUACAUAGCUUUGGAAUAAAAUUUUAAAGUGAG